GUGAGGGAGGUGGAGACUAGGGAUCGAGUAGAGUAUAGAGAGGAGUUUCGUGUCGUUAAAGGUGCCUUCGAGACACAAAACUGCAAAUUACAGAAACAUGGACCUUCUUCACCUUGGAUGGGUUUGACUCUCUCGUUAGAAAGGAGAUUUCAGAGGAAGCGAAAUUUAUAGUAACAAUGGCGGAAAGCGAAGACAAGCCGGUUCUUCAAUUCGCGCCCUUCCAGAGUACCGUUCAUGAGGGUUUCUGGCGACGAUUAUCUUCUCUGAAGCUCGAUACCUUGGGGAUCGACCAGUCGCCGAUCUCCAUUACCGGUUUCUAUGCACCUUGCUCUCAUGCUCGAGUUUCAAAUCACUUGACACUUCUUGCUGAAUCUUUGCCACCUGACCCAAGUGAACAAACAUCAUCAGUGGUGUUAAGUCACGGCAACAGGAAUAGAUGUCCUGUCCCAGGCAUCAUUUACAACACAAAUACACUGGAGAGCUUCCAUGCCCUUGAUAAACAGAGUCUGUUGAAAGCAGAAGCAAAGAAGAUCUGGGAGGACAUUCACUAUGGUAAAGCAGAGGAGGACUGUGCAGUACUCUCGAGAUUCCUCCUGAUAUCAUUUGCCGACCUGAAGAAGUGGAGCUUCCAUUACUGGUUUGCAUUCCCUGCUAUUGUGCUUGAGCCUCCAGCAAUCUUAACUGAUUUGCGUCCAGCUGUGCAGUGUUUCAGCCCAGAAGAGGCAGAAUCACUGUCGACAGCUUGUAAUGAAUGGCGUAAUUCGAGCUUAACUGCAGACGUGCCAUUCUUUUUGGUUAGUAUAGCUUCCAAUUCGCAUGCAACUAUUAGGUCUUUAAGAGACUGGGAGACCUGCCAGACUGAUGGUCAACAGAUUCUUUUUGGUUUCUAUGAUCCAUGUCAUCUUCCAAAUAAUCCUGGAUGGCCUCUUCGCAACUUCCUUGCACUUAUUUAUACAAGAUGGAAUCUGAAACGGGUUCGCUUUCUAUGUUACCGAGAGAAACAGGGCUUCGCAGAUCUGGGAUUAUCUCUUGUUGGUGAAGCACUAGUUUCAGUUCCACAAGGCUGGAAUGAUCCACAAUGUGUACCUAAUGUCGUGGGCUGGGAACUAAAUAAAGGGAGGAGGGUACCAAGGUGUAUCAGCCUUGCUGAAUCCAUGGAUCCAACCAGGUUGGCCAUAUCCGCAGCUGAUUUGAAUUUAAAAUUGAUGAGGUGGCGUGCUUUGCCAUCUCUUAACCUAGACAUCUUGUCUAAAAUUAGAUGCCUUCUCUUAGGAGCAGGUACACUUGGUUGCCAAGUUGCCCGUAUGCUUAUGGCUUGGGGUGUCCGAAAUAUUACCCUACUCGACAGUGGCCGGGUGGCUAUGUCUAAUCCGUUGAGACAAUCCCUCUACACCUUUGAUGACUGCCUCAAUGGUGGCGAGAUGAAAGCCAUGGCGGCAGCUAACAGCCUGAAGAGAAUUUUUCCUGCUGUGGAAGUUGAAGGCAUUGUGAUGGCAAUACCAAUGCCUGGGCAUCCUGUGUCAACCCAAGAAGAAGAGAGUGUGAUCAAAGACUGCAAACAUCUUCAAGAUUUAAUUUCUUCUCAUGAUGCAGUUUUUUUGUUGACUGAUACAAGGGAAAGUAGAUGGCUUCCAACACUUCUUUGUUCCAAUUCUAACAAGAUCGCUAUUACUGCAGCUUUAGGUUUUGAUAGCUUUGUAGUUAUGCGCCAUGGAGCCAGUCCUCUCAGUUUUUCAAAUGAUACUAAACAUGUCACUGAAGAUGCUUCUUCUGCUGCUGUGGGCAACUUAUUCCCUAUAGGAGAUGGAAUGCAGCGGUUGGGCUGCUAUUUCUGCAAUGAUGUUGUUGCUCCUAUCAAUUCAACUUCCAACCGUACAUUGGAUCAGCAGUGCACUGUUACACGUCCAGGGGUUGCUCCUAUAGCUUCUGCCCUUGCGGUUGAACUUUUAGUGGGAAUUCUUCAACACCCUGAUGGUUUACAUGCCCCAGGUGAGAUUGCCAACACCAGUGGUUUUUUGAGCAGUGAGCAACCUCUUGGUAUUUUGCCCCAUCAGAUCCGAGGUUCCCUUUCUCAGUAUUCUCAAAUGACACUUGUUGGUCACUGUUCGAACAGUUGUACAGCCUGUUGCAGCACUGUCAUAUCAGAGUUUAGGGAAAGAGGGAUGGACUUUGUUCUCCAAGCCAUCAACCACCCUACCUAUUUGGAGGAUCUUACAGGACUGACAGAGUUGAUGAAGUCUGCAAGUUCCUUCACAUUGGAUUGGGAUAACGAGACUGAUGAAGACGAUGAUGAUGCAGAGAUCUGAGACACUCUUUUUCUUUUUUCUUUUUUUAAUUUAUAACUCACCAUUCUUUUUAUUGCGAAAAUUGUUGCUACUGUACAAUAGUUAAUGGGAAGGUAACAAAAACCUGAUUCCAUUACUUUCAGAUGUUAUCCUCAUAUUGUAACCUUAGAAUCAAUUGUACACCUUGUUAUUAUCGUACAGAGGUAUUGCCGACAAAUCCAAUUGGAAUAAAUGUUCAAGUUGGUCAAA